AGAAGACAAACAAGUUCCGUUGACAGCGUCAAGUCAAACCAUCUCCUCCACCAACUAAUUCAUAGGCAGAGCCGAGUCUCCUGCCGGCGUUCAGUUAUCCCGUCCCUCACUCUCUGUCUCCGGUCAUUGCUGUACUAUAUAUAUAUAUAGCGUCUUCCACUUCUAGCUAGCAGCCGAUACGUGUAGGACGUCAUAGAAAGAGAGAGGAAGGGAGCGUGCAGCCACGGAGAGCGAGAAGAUGUCACCGAGCGGAACCGUCGGCAAGCCGAUUCGAUGCCGAGCUGCGGUUGGUCGGGAGCCUGGAGCGCCGCUGGUGAUAGAGGAGGUAGUCGUGGCUCCGCCCAUGCCGUAUGAAGUCCGGAUUCGGAUCAUCUGCGCCUCUCUGUGCCACAGCGACAUCACGUUCUGGAAAAUGAAGGAUCCUCCGGGCUAUUUUCCAAGAAUUUUCGGUCAUGAGGCAGUCGGGGUUGUUGAGAGUGUAGGGGAAAAUGUUGAUGAGGUAAGUGCAGGAGAUGUCGUAAUCCCGACCUUCAUGUCAGAUUGUGGUGACUGUGCAGAUUGCAAAUCGUCAAAAAGCAAUCUCUGUUCAAAACUCCCCUUCAAGUUAUCUCCUUGGAUGCCUAGAUAUGAGACAAGCAGGUUUACAGAUAUCAAAGGAGAGCCUUUGUUCCAUUUUCUGUUUGUCUCAAGCUUUACCGAGUAUACAGUGGUAGACAUUGCCCAUGUAGUGAAGAUUGAUCCGACUGCGCCUCCUAAUAAGGCAUGCCUUCUUGGUUGUGGAGUCUCAACAGGGGUGGGUGCUGCUUGGAGGACUGCAAAUGUGGAGGCUGAAUCGACUGUUGCAAUAUUUGGACUUGGUUCGAUUGGGUUAGCUGUUGCCGAGGGUGCUAGACUCUGUGGAGCUACUCGAAUAAUAGGCGUGGAUGUCAACCCUAGAAAAUUUGAAAUUGGAAAGAAGUUUGGGGUUACAGAUUUUGUAGAUGCGGGAAAGAGUGGUGGUAAGUCUCUUGGCCAGUUAAUCAAAGAUAUGACUGGUGGAGGUGCAGACUACUGCUUUGAAUGCGUAGGCAUGUCAUCACUGGUGGAAGAGGCAUAUGCUGGCUGCAGAAAGGGCUGGGGUAAGACAGUUGUAUUAGGAGUCGACAGACCCGGAGCGCAACUGAGCCUAAACAGUAGUGAGGUCCUUCACAGUGGGAAAAGCCUAAUGGGAUCUUUGUUUGGAGGUCUCAAGGCCAAAUCGGACAUUCCCAUUCUCUUGAAGCAGUAUAUGGACAAGGAGCUGCAGCUGGAUGAGUUUGUCACGCAUGAAGUCAACUUUGAAGACAUCAACAAAGCAUUCGAGUUACUUCUCGAAGGGAAGUCUCUUCGUUGUGUGAUUUGGAUGAGAAAAUGAGAUUUCCCUAAUGAGCACAACGUUUGAAUAAGCGUGGAUUGAUUCCACCGAAAAGGAGCUCUUGCUCAAGCAACCUGGUUGAUAUGAAACCAGCUUUCUUAUGUUUUAUUAAGCUCGUGUUCGUGCUGGUUCACUUGCAUUAGCAGCUCACGCAAUACAAAUUCUGUGAAUAGAAUCAACUCUAUGUUACUUAUCGACUACAUUGAAUGCACUCGAUGCACCGGUAAAGUAUUCAGUGGGAGAGUCCUUUGUCUUCUUAAA